AUGAGACCUUUGACGGAAGAAGAGACCAAAGCAGUGUUCGAGAAACUCGCAAAUUACAUAGGGAAGAAUUUGGUUCAUUUGAUAGAUAGGGAUGAAGAUGAUGCGUAUUGCUUCAGGCUGCAUAAAGAUAGAGUCUACUACCUCCCCCUUCCCAUGCUGCACUACGCCACCUCAGUAGCUCGAGGUAAUUUGAUCUCUCUCGGUACAUGUUUCGGUAAAUUCUCGAAGACUGGGAAAUUCAAGCUGGGUAUAACGUGUUUGGAUUGGAUAGCGAAAUAUGCUAAAUACAAGGUCUGGAUAAAACCCUCUGGAGAAUUACCUUUCUUAUAUGGUAAUCACGUUGCGAAAGCUCAUUUGGGGAGGAUAACGGAGGAUACACCUGAACAUCAAGGUGUGGUAGUUUACAAUAUGGCUGAUGUUCCUUUGGGCUUCGGCGUAACUGCCAGAUCAACAAUCGAUACUCGUAAAUUAGAUCCAACCGGUAUAAUAGUAUUUCAUCAAGCUGAUGUGGGAGAGUUCCUGAGAGAUGAAGAUACCAUGUUCUAA